AUGACCUUCGUGGAGCUGCUGGCCCGCCUGGGCGGGAUGGGCCGCUUCCAGGUGACCUACGUAGCCGCCCUGGCCAUUCCGCUGCUCAUGCUGGCCAGCCACAACCUUCUGCAGAACUUCACCGCCGGUGUCCCCGAGCACCACUGCCGGCCUCGGCCCACGGCCAAUGACAGCGCCGGGGAGGUCCCACUCCUCGUCUCCAUCCCCUCCGACGGCCACCACCGUCCCCAGCGUUGCCGCCGCUACGUGGAACCCCAGUGGCACCUCUUGGAGGUCAACGGCACCGUCAACGGCACGGCCAACGGGGCGGCCACCGAGCCUUGUCGCGACGGUUGGACCUAUCACGACGGCAUCUUCGCUCGCACCAUCGUUACCGAGUGGGACCUGGUGUGCGAGUCCAAGACGUUGAGGCAGGUGGCCCAAUCCAUCUACAUGGCCGGGAUCCUCCUGGGCUCCGGCCUCUUCGGGGUCCUCUCCGACAAGUGCGUGGCCACCCCAGAGCUGCUGGACUGGGAUGAACUGGGAUGA